AUGACCACCCCCGCCAUGGCCUACCGCACCGUCCGGGCGGUCGGCUUCCGACACGGCGGUGCGGCACUUUUACGCUGGAACAGCUCUGUCGUGGAUGUGUCGCCGCUGAGAUUCGAUCCUCCCGCACCGCCCACGGAGCAGCUGCGGGACAGCAAGCUCGAGGACGAGGCCAAGAAGAAGAUUUUCUACGACGCCGUCGCCGCCGACCGGGUGCGACACAACUGGACCCGACCCGAAAUCGCUGCCAUCUACUACCAGCCGCUGCUGGAGCUGGCGCACCAAGCUAACAUUGUCCACCGCAAAUUCCACAAACCGGGCGAGGUGCAGCUGUGCACGCUGAUGAACAUCAAGACGGGCGGGUGCACCGAGGACUGCUCGUACUGCGCGCAGUCGACGCGGUACCAAAAGGGCACCGGCCUCGAGGCGAAGCGCGUCGAGAGCGUCGAGUCGGUGCUGGCGGCGGCGCGGACGGCGGCGGCCAACGGCAGCACGCGGUUCUGCAUGGGCGCGGCGUGGCGGGACAUGCGCGGGCGCAAGAACAGCCUCAAGAACAUCACCGACAUGGUCAAGGGCGUCAAGGCCAUGGGCAUGGAGGUGUGCGUGACGCUGGGCAUGAUUGACGGGGAGCAGGCGCGGCAGCUCAAGGACGCCGGCCUCACGGCCUACAACCACAACGUCGACACGAGCCGCGAGUUCUACCCGUCCGUCAUCUCGACGCGCUCCUACGACGAGCGCCUGCAGACGCUCGGCCACGUGCGCGACGCCGGCAUCAACGUCUGCUCCGGCGGCAUCCUCGGCCUCGGCGAGACGGCCGAGGACCGCAUCGGCCUGCUCGAGACCGUCGCCACCCUGCCCGCCCACCCGGAGAGCUUCCCCGUCAACGCCCUCGUGCCCAUCAAGGGCACCCCGCUCGGCGACCGCGAGCCCAUUGCCUUUACCAGCAUGCUGCGCACCAUUGCCGCCGCCCGCAUCGUCAUGCCCGCCACCAUUAUCCGCAUCGCCGCCGGCCGCAAGACCAUGUCCGAGGAGAAGCAGGCCCUCUGCUUCAUGGCCGGCGCAAACGCCAUCUUUACCGGCGAGAAGAUGCUCACCACCGAGUGCAACGGCUGGGACGAGGACAGCGCCAUGUUUGGCCGCUGGGGGCUGGAGCCCAUGAAGAGCUUCGACAAGGCGCCCGCCGAGGAGGGCGUCAAGGCUGACGUGGCCAAGCAGCUCGGUAGCUUCUAA